AUGGAGGAGGAAGCCCCAGUACCUGAUGCCCCAGACUUUCAUGCCACAGAAGCCCCAGCAGAGGCCCCUGUAGAGGGUGGUGUGUCGGCCGGAGGAGUUCCACCAUCCAGAGACAGCCGUAAACUGGACUGUAUCAUCUGCUUCUGUGCCUUCAACCUGGCUGAGAGGCUGCCACGCAAGCUCUACUGCGGCCACACCUUCUGCCAGGCCUGCCUGAGACGCCUUGACACCAUCCUCAAUGAGCAGAUGUGGAUCCCCUGUCCACAAUGCCGGCAGAACACCCCGCUACCUCGCGGGGGUGCUACAGCCCUGGACCUGGACCUAGCAGCCUUCCUGGGGGUCAAGGCUGACAUGGACAGCCAGAGGUCCAGCCCCCAGCAGGGAGGAAGAGAACUAGGCAACCAGCUGGAGCAAAAGCCCUCCUUUGAGAAACAUCCCAUCAUAGAGCAGCCUCAGGCCACCUGGAACCAUGGAGGACUGGCUGAGCCUCGCUUCCACAGGAGCCCUUGCUGCAGGCGCUUCUUCUGCUGCUGGUGGUGCUGCUAG